AAGAGAGGGGACGGUGCCUUGAUCAUUUUCAUGGAGCACCUCAGCCGUCAGAAAGCCACCCCGAUCCCUGGCACAGUGGAGCUAGCUGGGCUGCAGUGUGGUUACUGUGUGAAGCUUGCUUUCUUCACAAGAUGUUUGGAUCUCGUUGUGCUUGUUUGUAGAGGAAGAACGCUGGGAUAAUACUUCCAAGUCACCCAGCUUCAGUGAAUGCUCCUAAUAUCUUGGACAUACUGGGCUGUCUGGAUGAUUGGCACCUGGAUCAGGGGAGCCUGAAGGCAUUGAGACCAUCUUUGAACAACUUCAGAAGAUCUGUCAUCCACAGAGAUGUCCUUGUAGCAAUCAUUUGGAGCCUCUCAGAAGAGCUUUUGAGUAAAUGAGGCUGCCCUGAAUGGCCCUGGAGUUGAAAUGACUACACUUGUCAAGCAAAACAAAACAAAACAAUAACAAUGACAAAAACUCAGCUAUGUCAGAGGGCUGCUCUGAAGGACAAGUGUCUGAAAAAUCACCUGCAGUAUUGGGAGUUUACUGCUGCUUGCCCGGCCUCAGCUUCCACCUGCUCAGAGGAUGUGAGUGGACUGUAUUCGGGAGCCCCUGGAAGCAUGGAGACGGUGGUGAUCGUCGCCAUAGGUGUGCUGGCUACCAUCUUCCUGGCCUCGUUUGCUGCCUUGGUGGUGGUGUGUAGGCAGCGCUACUGCCGGCCCCGAGACCUGCUACAGCGCUAUGAUUCCAAGCCCAUUGUGGACCUCAUUGGUGCGAUGGAGACCCAGUCUGAGCCCUCCGAGCUAGAGCUGGAUGAUGUUGUCAUUACCAACCCCCACAUCGAGGCCAUUCUGGAGAAUGAAGACUGGAUUGAAGAUGCCUCGGGCCUCAUGUCCCACUGCAUCGCUAUCUUGAAGAUUUGUCACACUCUGACAGAAAAACUUGUUGCCAUGACAAUGGGUUCUGGGGCCAAGAUGAAGACUUCAGCAAGUGUCAGUGACAUCAUUGUGGUGGCCAAGCGGAUUAGCCCCAGAGUGGACGAUGUCGUGAAGUCAAUGUACCCGCCACUGGACCCCAAACUCCUGGAUGCACGGACAACUGCCCUGCUUCUAUCCGUCAGUCACUUGGUGCUAGUGACCAGGAAUGCCUGCCACCUCACCGGGGGCCUGGAUUGGAUCGACCAGUCUCUGUCUGCUGCUGAGGAGCACCUGGAAGUCCUCCGAGAGGCAGCCCUGGCUUCUGAGCCAGAUAAAGGCCUUCCCAACCCUGAGGGUUUCCUGCAGGAACAGUCGGCCAUUUAAUCUGCAAGGCUCUGGUCCCUGCCCCUGCCUGGCUCUGCCGAGCCUUCCACUUCCUGUAGAUCGAGUUGUUCUCUGGGGCUCUGGCAUCCAGCCCCCCGGUGCAGAGCAAAGCUGAGAGCCUGGAUGCCUCCGCUGCAAUGGCAGACGGUGGCUGGCGAGUGGCAGUGUAAUACCACAGUUAGGGGAGAUGCCUUGGACCGCGCCAGCAGAAUGCGGAAAGCUGCACUAGAACUGCUAGGUUUAGUGCAUUUCAUGUUUCCAAAAAAACUGAGUGGCCCUCUAAGAAUCAAGAGGCUUUACAUUAAAUUAGAAUUCCUGGCUUCUGAAAAUCAAGGUGUGGCAACUCGGGUCUGCGUUUUAGAAAACAAUCAGAACUAGGCUAGGAUCACCUCUUUGGGUGAUCCUUGAACUCCCCUGGCUGGUUUAUGUACAGAACCUGGUCCCUGAAGCAUCCGAGCCCCCUCACCACCCACCCCCAUACCCUGUGUCUUCCUGUUUCCCAUUUGUGUUAGAAGCCGAGGGAUAUGAAGUUGAUUGUUUCCCUUUUUAUCACUGUGCCUGCAAUUUUCCUUUACAACCACUAGGUGAAUAGUAAACUUGUUCUGUUUUCCUCA